AUAACGAGUUUUGUCUCAAGUUCCCAGUCCGUUGCACUCUGUGUAACUUAGGGCGAAAACUACCGAGGGAUAAGAUGAUUGCUCACCAGGAAACCGAGUGCCCAAAGAACAAGAGAACAUGCCCCUAUGGCUGCGAGCUUGGUGACGGCAGUAUUGAAGAACACAUGGAGUCGUCCGCGGUCGUUCACCUCGACUUUCUUCGCGACAAAGUUACCAUUCUUCAGAUCCAUGCUGACAGCGUGAGAGACGGCUCACGAGCCAGGGAGCAAAUUUCUGCACGUGUAUCGUGUCUCCAGGACCAACUCACAGAAUGUGAUCGCAAAAGAGGGGACAUCGAGAAAAAGACGGAGGACGCCAUGCAGACCCGAGAACGCCGAGAGAGAAGUAACGCGGAACAGUUUUCUGCUGAGGUAGCUCAGCUGACCAGCAGGAAUGGCGCAAUGAAUUCCCAGGUAGACACGUUUGAAGGGAUGGUCGCUGUCCUCAACAGAGAGGUUGAGAAAGUUUGCUGUACACUCGAGUCUUAUCCGGCCCAACGGAGUCUGGAUGUGGAGGGAAUAGACUUCCAAGAGAGGAAAGUGAAGACCAUAGAGCGCGCCCUUGCUCUUAAAGACGUGACUAUGGCCGAACAAGAUCUUCGACUUCAGGCUCUCGAGAAUGCCAGCUACGAUGGCGUCCUUGUUUGGAAGGUCAACGAAUUCGCCAGGAAGCGUCACGACGCUGUCAGCGGACGGGCGACCAGCAUCUAUUCCAAUGCCUUCUAUACCGGACCACACGGCUACAAAAUGUGCUGUCGCCUUUACUUAAACGGCGACGGCAUGGGGAAAGGGACUCACAUUAGUCUUUUCUUCGUGGUGAUGAGAGGGUAUUAUGAUGCUCUUCUCAAAUGGCCAUUCUCGCAGAAAGUCACUUUAAUGUUGUUGGACUUAAACAACAGAGAACACGUGCAGGAUGCCUUCAGACCGGAUCCCACCAGUUCCAGUUUUCAGAGACCCACGAGCGAGAUGAAUAUCGCCAGCGGUUGCCCGCUUUUCGUGCCGUUAUCGCAGCUCCAGAGACCUGGCACUGCGUAUAUUAAAGAUGAUGCGAUCUUCAUCAAAGUUGUAGUUGAUUGUAAAGAUCUUUAGAUGCCUGUGAAAAUUAACCAGUGAAUUGUUCAAUUGUCUUUGACAAUCUGGGAAACGGUUCUAUAGAUUCUAGAGUUUGGCUUUAUAAUAACCAGACCAGCUGCGUGCACUUCAUUACCCGGCACUGAGAGUUUUAUGAUAUAUGAGAAAAUGUUGCCAUUGAUUCAUAAUUACCAAAAUGAACAGUAGUUACCCAUAGGGAAAGGAAGAGUGGCAGACAUUCAUUCCAUUAAAAGGAAAAAACGAUUUCAAAUUCGUUAUUUUUGCGCUGGUAUUCAAACUUUUUAACGAUAAAAAUAAUGCAAAAAUUUUGUCCUAAAAACUGAAAAAUUUUUUUCAUGUUACAAUUGUAGCACCAUUUUUAUGACCGAGUUCUUUUAAGCUUAUAAUCAGUUCUUAUUAUUGCAUGUGACGCCACUUACAUCCAGCGGUUCUGAAAAACAAAUACAUGAGUAUUAAAUGUUUAUAUGCAUAUUGCAAUAAUAAUUCCCUGUUUGACAUGAUAUAAAGGUUAUAUAAGGAUGUAUUUUAUGCUUUAUCAUACAAACAAUCAUACCAUUUAUAUAUAAAUGUACAAAUUUAUCAUAUAAAUUUCAUAGCGCAAGCUAAUUGAUAUUCCGUUGCAUUUUUAUCCCAUAUGCACAUUUUAAUGUUCAAUAACUAAAGCAAUUACU